GCGGGCUCUAGGACCAGGCGGAGGGGAAGGGCGCCGGCUGUGGAUCGGCGGAGGAGCCCCUCGGCGGGCCUGGGCUCAUGAACCAUGGCCCAAGUGGAGAAAAGGGGAGGGCUGCUGCGGAAAUCCUCAGCGUCCAAGAAGCCGUUGAAGGAGAAGGUGGUGCUGAUGUACGAUGAAAUCUUCACGACGGAGGACCCCAGCAAGUGCAGCCCCCGAUUCUGGGAGGAACUGUUCCUCAUGAAGGUGAACCUGGAGUACCUGGAAGGCAAAUUAGAGUCUCUAGAUGGGGAGGAAUUAAUGAAAAUCAAGGAUAACAUCAACUGUUUGUUCCAACACUGCAUCCAGGCGCUGGGAGAGGAGCACCCAAUUCGAGUUGUCAAUGCACUCCAGACUUUGUGCGCACUCAUUCGUGGAGUUCAUCAGAAGAACAAGUCCACUUCUGGGUUCGACAUCAUCAACAUGCUCAUGGGCUUUGACAAGGCGGAGCUGUGCAUGAAGAAUCUGAUGGAGAGUUUGGAUUCUCUGCUCUGCUCGGAAGGCUCUGAAAGCCUGAAAAGCUUGUGUCUGAAACUUCUCCUUUGCUUGGUAACUGUGACGGAUAACAUCAGUCAGAACACCAUUCUGGAGUACGUAAUGAUCAACAGCAUCUUUGAAGCUAUUUUACAGAUUCUCUCGAACCCCCCCAGUCGCAGGGAGCAUGGUUAUGAUGCGGUUGUCCUGCUGGCUCUGCUGGUAAACUACCGGAAGUAUGAGUCUGUGAACCCUUAUAUUGUGAAACUGUCGAUAGUGGAUGAUGAAGCCACCCUCAAUGGUAAGGGGCUUGUGAUUGCUCAAGCUUUGUCCGAGUAUAACAGGCAAUACAAAGACAAAGAAGAAGAACAUCAGAGUGGCUUUUUUUCAGCCUUCACCAAUAUGGUGGGCAGUAUGUUCAUAGCAGACGCCGAUGAGAAAAUCUCAGUACAGACUAAUGAGGCCAUCCUUCUGGCUCUUUAUGAAGCUGUUCACUUAAACAGGAACUUCAUCACAGUGUUAGCCCAGAGCCAUCCCGAAAUGGGCUUGGUGACAACCCCGAGCAGCCCGGUUCCCACCACACCCGUCACGCCUCUUGGGACCACGCCUCCUUCUUCUGAUGUUAUAAGCUCCGUGGAACUCCCGCUGGAUGCAGACGUGCAGACCAGUAACCUGCUGAUAACCUUCCUAAAGUACAGUUCGAUCGUCAUGCAGGACACAAAAGAUGAGCACCGACUGCACAGUGGCAAGCUUUGCCUGAUCAUUCUCACAUGCAUCGCAGAGGAUCAAUAUGCUAAUGCGUUUUUGCAUGACGACAACAUGAAUUUUCGAGUCAACCUACACAGAAUGCCUAUGAGACAUAGAAAGAAAGCAGCUGACAAGAACCUCCCAUGCCGUCCUCUGGUGUGUGCAGUGUUGGAUCUGAUGGUGGAGUUUAUCGUGUCGCACAUGAUGAAGGAGUUUCCCAUGGACCUUUAUGUGCGAUGUAUCCAAGUAGUGCACAAGCUGCUGUGCUACCAGAAGAAGUGCCGAGUUCGGCUGCAUUAUACGUGGCGGGAGCUCUGGUCAGCUUUGAUCAACUUGCUGAAGUUCCUCAUGUCCAAUGAGACGGUGCUUUUGGCCAAACACAACAUUUUCACAUUAGCUCUUAUGGUAGUAAAUUUGUUCAACAUGUUCAUCACGUUUGGGGACACCUUUCUUCCCACCCCCAGCAGUUACGAUGAGCUCUACUAUGAGAUUAUCCGAAUGCAUCAGAAUUUCGACAACCUCUAUUCAAUGGUCCUGAGGCUUUCCACCAACACCGGCCAGUGGAAGGAGGCAGCUAGCAAGGUGACCCACGCCUUAGUCAAUAUUAGAGCCAUCAUCAACCAUUUUAACCCCAAGAUUGAGUCUUAUGCAGCUGUGAAUCAUAUAUCCCAACUCUCCGAAGAGCAGGUUCUGGAAGUGGUCCGGGCCAACUAUGACACACUGACCCUGAAGCUUCAGGAUGGGCUGGACCAGUACGAGCGCUACUCGGAGCAGCACAAGGAGGCCGCUUUCUUCAAAGAGCUGGUCCGAUCCAUCAGCAUUAAUGUGCGCAGGAACCUGGCCUUCAAUACUUUAAGCCAAGAGGUCCUACUGAAGGAAUUCUCCACCAUCUCCUGAAGCCACAUCUCCUGAUCACGGACACAAACCCUCAUGCUGUGCUCAAUCCACAUUCUUGGAACUGACCCCACCGUCCUUCCUGAAAGCACCUUAGGCUGGGGCAGGCAGGGCCUUCCUGGAGGACAGCCCAAGGAUGGAAGCACACACGGACACACACAUUUUCCUCCAGGCGAAGUGGACUCGAAUGGCAAUGCUAAGGGCUGUCACUCAGACCAAGCCUCUGCAGGGAGCCGGCAGCGGAGGAGUCUGCAAUCAGG